CAAUACCGUAAAGUCAGAAAAUUACGGUAGUGAUCCGUCAACUCCGUUAAAAUCCGUAUUCCCAUAGAUUGAAGGCCAUAACUUCAUGAAACGUAUUUCCAGUUAGUAACAUGGAUCUCAGAGUAAAAAAAUAUUAAUACAUCAUCAUACUCCCGAAAGUAGUGACAACACUGGCAGUGAACCCCUGUUUUCGGGAAUCUGAAGAUUUGGCAUCACUGAAUCAAGAAGAGACUCCAGAAGUGUUGUGUAACAUCCAGCCCCGGUGAUGAUGCUUUCAUAGUGUGUAGCAAACUGGUGAGAAACCAUUAAUGUUUGCAACCUGUGGAAAAGCCUUUACUUCACAGAGCAUGCAGAGUCAUCUAGCCCAACAUGAAAUGAUACAUGUGCAUACGGGUGAGAAACCAUUUGUUUGUGAGACCUGUGGUAAAGCCUUCACUUCACAGAGUCAUCUACGCCAACAUGAAAUAAUACACACGGGUGAGAAACCAUUUGUUUGUGAGACCUGUGGUAAAGCCUUCACUUCACAGAGUCAUCUAUGCCGACAUGAAAUGAUACACACGGGUGAGAAACCAUUUGUUUGUGAGACCUGUGGUAAAGCCUUCACUUCACAGAGUCAUCUACGCCAACAUGAAAUGAAACACACGGAUGAGAAACCAUUUUUUUGUGAGACCUGUGGUAAAGCCUUCACUUCACAGAGUCAUCUACACCGACAUGAAAUGAUACACACAGGUGAUCGUGAGAGACCAUUCGUUUGUGCAACCUGUGGCAAAGCCUUUACUUCACAGAGUCAUCUACGCCAACAUGAAAUGAUACACACAGGUGAGAAACCAUUUGUUUGUGAGACCUGUGGUAAAGCCUUCACUUCACAGAGUUAUCUACACCAACAUGAAAUGAUACAUACGGGUGAGAAACCAUUUGUUUGUGCCACCUGUGGAAAAGCCUUUACUACACAGAGUUAUCUUCACCGACAUGAAAUGAUACACACAGGUCAGAAACCAUUCGUUUGUGCAACCUGUGGCAAAGCCUUCACUUCACAGAAUCAUCUACGCCAACAUCGUAUGAUGCACAUGGGUGAGAGACCAUUCGUUUGUGAGACCUGUGGAAAAGACUACACUUCACAGAGUCAUCUACGCCAACAUAAAAAGAAACACACGGGUGAGAAACCAUUUGUUUGUGCAACCUGUGGGAAAGCCUUUACUACACAAAGUCAUCUUCGCCGACAUGAAAUGAUUCACACAGGUGAUCGUGAGAAACCAUUCGUUUGUGCAACCUGUGGCAAAGCCUUCACUUCACAGAGCCAUCUACGCCAACAUGAAAUGAUACACACGGGUGAGAAACCAUUCGUUUGUGAGACAUGUGGAAAAGACUACACUGCGCAGAGUCAUCUACGCCAACAUGAGAUGAUACACACGGGUGAGAAACCAUUUGUUUGUGCAACCUGUGGAAAAGCAUUUACUUCACAAAGUCAUCUUCGCCGACAUGAAAUGGUACACACAGGUGAUCGUGAGAAACCAUGCAUUUGUUCAACCUGUGGCAAAGCCUUCACUACACAGGGUUAUCUACGCCAACAUGAAAUAAUACACACAGGUGAGAAACCAUUUGUUUGUGAGACAUGUGGUAAAGCCUUUACUCGGAAAUGUCAUCUAAACAUACAUGAGAACAUACACACGGGUGAGAAACCAUGUGUUUGUUCAACCUGUGGCAAAGCCUUUAUUUCACAGAGUCAUCUACAUAGACACGAAAGGAUACACAUGGAUGAUCGUGAGAAACCAUUUAUUUGUGCAACCUGUGGUAAAGUGUUUACUUCACAGAGUCAUCUUAGCCGACAUGAAAUGAUACACACGGGUGAAGACCAAUUGUUUGUUCAACCUGUGGCAAAGCCUUUACCAUGUUCACUGCACAGAGUCAUUUACACCGACAUGAAAUAAUACAUUCAUUUGCAAGGCCGUUACUUGGCAAAGUUCUUCAAAAAUAUGAAAGGAUACACACGGGCGAGAAACCAUUUGUUUGUGAGACCUGUGGAAAAGCCUUCACUUCAGAGAGUCAGCUACACCAACAUAAAACGAUACACACGGGUGCAAAAAAAUGUAUUUGUGCAACCAAGGGAGGUGGUGUGAUGGGCCAUGAGGAAGCCAGUUGUGGAGGAAUGUCUUUUGAGAGCAGUAAUGACGUUGUACACAGGAGCAAGUACGGUGGUGAGGACACGUGCAGGAGAUAGUAGGAGUUUUGAGAUGAAGGUUGGCGUACAUCAGGGCUCGGUACUGAGUCCCUUGCGUUUAGCUAGUGUGUUGGACGUGGUGUCGAGUGAGACGUGGGGUGGGUAAUUGCCCUGGGAACUGCUGUAUGCUGACGACCUUGUUCUUAUAACAGCAACAAGAGAACAGUUACAGGUGGAGAUGGAGGCGUGGAGAGCAUGUCUUUUAUCAAAGGGCCUGAAGGUUAAUGCCAGGAAGACCAUGGCUAGUCAAGUCAGCGGUUGGUCGGUGAUGAGCUCAGGUGCAUGGCCCAUGUGGUGUAAGCGGGAAGGGUGUAGCUGCCAACUCUAUCCAAUGUACAAUGUGUAAGAAGUGGGUCCAUAUUGCAGCAAUGUGAAGAGUAGUCUUCGGGCUGCCGGUGCCACGUUCUCUUGUAAGAGGUGUCGAGGUGAUGGCCCAUGGCCGGAGGAGAGAGAAGUUGGUCUGGAGGUCUGUGGUGAAACGUAUGAGAUGGUGGAGUCAUUCUGCAUUUCUGCUACCUGGUGAGAUGCUGGGAGCUGAGGGGGGAGCAGACAUGAUCCAUCAAUUAUAAGAAAUACUGCUACAAAACGACGUCUAUUAGUUGCAAUGCUUUUCUUAACGGCCAGUUCGUGAUAUUCUUAUUAAUAGCGUUGAAGAAACUGCUCACAAAUGAAUGUCGAAAGUGUAAAAAAAGUAGCUUCAUUAGCAUGGAAUCAAACGAAGUGUUACAUUUAACGCGUCAGUUACGUUUGUCAUAAUAACUGAAUGCUACACAAGUAUAUGCUUGACAUGCUAAAUACCAUCGUUUUAUUCACUCAGACACCAAACAAAAUAAUAGAAUGACUUUCUUGGUCGAGAAACAAAAACAAAGUGUACGCUUUCAAGCGUUAAACGUGGAACAAAAUUAAAACCGUGAGUUGUGUGAAAUCAUGAUUAUAUACCAUAGUCGUCUAUGAUCGCGCACCGGGCUUCACAAUUCAGUUUUUUUUUAAAAUAUCACAUCACUUUAAUGCACUAUUUAAUGGACCACUAUGGUGAUUGUAGCUUGAUUCUUUAAAUGUAAAAUUGGUGCUCAUCCUCCUCUAUUGCAGUUCAAUUAUUCAUAUUAAACGAAACAGUUGUCA